AUGUUCUUCGUGUCCGAUAGGAGCUCCUAUUUGGCCUUCUUGUCGACGUCGGGAGACCUUGCGCUCUUCAAACUGAGGCUCUGGCACUCCCGACGGGUUGUGGCGGGGGAUACUCGGCGACUGAAACCCUUGAAAGAGUUAGAGGACAACCAGCUCCAGUGUGCACCGUCUUGGUCGUCGUUAACAGCGCCACCUCCCGGAAAGUAUCUCCACGUCGACGUCGAGCGCAUCUUUUGGACUACACUAGACCCUGCUUGGAGUUACAAGCGCGGCAAAGUUGCAGUGGUGGCGCAACACUACCGCGUAUUUGUCGUCGCUAGCGAUUCCUCUGGCGGACUGCUGUCCUUUUACAACGGCGACAAUGGGGCAUUCAUCAAGGAGAUUCACACGAGGAGCCGCGUUCACGAUGGCGGUGCAGUGCGUUUGAAGCCGAUCCACAGUAGCAGAGGGCUGGUAGCUCUAGCUACGCAGACUCGAGUGGUUUUCGUAGACUCAACCAUACCUCUGCUGGUUCCAGUCGAUUGCAAGGCACCCCGAGGGCACAGGUUUACGAGUCUAGCGACGGAUCCCGCCCGGCCCUCGAUCGUUUACCUCGGGACAUCAACCGGCCGCGCGCUAGUUUUCAAGCUUCACAACUUCGGUGCUGUGCGUCAGCGCUCCGAGUUUAGUGACCAGAGCCCUCGAGGUCGAGUCAUGUGCGCUUUG